GUGACCGCUCCCGCGGACGCCUGGUUGAAACCUGCUGACAGCCAACGCGAGAACGUCUUCUCUCUAAUGCCGCACUGUUGCGAAUACAUACUGUAUAUCUAGAUGAUUCAGGCAGUGCAGCUACCAGGAUAAAGCGUGGAUUGAGCCCGAGCGCGGCGCAGGGCAAAAGAGGGCGAAAUGGACGCCUCGCACGCUGCACCCUCGGGGCGGAGUGUCUUCAGUUCGGACGAUGAUUUGACAAGCUUCUUGGCGGGCCUACGCGCCAAGUAUGCCACUUUAUACCCACAGUACCUUGAAGGCGAGCAGCCAGCCGGCGCUGGCGGUGCAGCGGGUUGCCGGGACGGAGAACCGAUUAGUACCAUGGCCGCAGCCAGUAUUGGUGACGCUGCGGACGCCGGCGUCGCUGCGACGGCCGCGGCAGCUGUUGAUACAGCGCUAGCCGGCACGUCGCUGUCCUUUGACCACAAGCUGACACAGCUUCGCUCCAGCCUGCAGUCCCUGCAGCAGCUACUGCCGCCGCGUGCCAGCACUACGGCAAACCUGCUGGAGAGCUUCGUGGCUGUGUCCGGCGACGGUCUGGCACAGCGCCUUCAUGAGCAGCACCAGCAGGGACAGCAGGUGCAGCAGGACCGGCAGGCGCAGCCAGGCGCAUCGGCCACAGCUGCCACCAUCACCAGCAGCGUGCGGCCAAGUGCGCAGCCGGAGCCGGCGUCAUCCACAGGGUUGGCUAGAGGCUCCACCGGUCCCUAUGCACAGACUGCUGCAUCCAGCAGUGGGGGUGGGGCCUGCAGCAACGCUGGCGCGGGCGAGCCUGGCCAGUUGGGAGUGGACAUAGCCUUCAUGGAACUGGCUGCAGGCUACAGCCGCCGCACGCUGCAGCCGCCCUCUAGCGAGAGCUCAGGUGCAUCCGUUGGCGGCGCGCCCGGCGUUGAUACGGCGUGCGCGUGCGCACUGCUACACCAACCGCCAGAGCCGCCGCCGCAGCCGGCGGAGCCGGCUCCGGCGCACAGCCUGUACCUGCAGCAGGCUAGCCUCGCCGAUCCUCAGUCCAGCAGCAGCAGCCCGCAGGCCAGCAGCGAGCCUGACUACCGAGCCGACGCCAAUGAGACAUGGCACGACGCCUACCAUCUGGGCCAUAGCUCGUAUGAUGGUCACGGCGCAGUCCUCGGACACACGGAUUCCGAGCUCGAGCUCGAGGGACCAGCAGAUCCGGAGCUCUACGGCCUACACCAGGAGCCACGCCGCACUUCAGGGGACGCAGAGGACAGCGCCGCUGAGGAGCACGGCGCGCCAGCCAGUGCCUCCACAGGUGACGCCGUGGAGCUCCAAAGGGCAGAGGCUGCAGCAGGCAUGGGCAGUAUCACGCGGUCCAUGGUCAGCCCUGCCCGCCGCCGCGUGUGGCAGCUGGUGGGGCAGGGAGGGAGCGCGCUCGGUGGCAGCAACGGCAGGAUGCCUGAACCCGCACAGCCACUGGACAUGCCAGAUGCGGAGCACAGCCAGUGGCCACCCCGGCCAGCGUCGGUGCGCCCCGCUGGGUCCCCAGGCCCGCAUGGGCUGCGCCUGCUGCAUUCUGCAAACCUGCAAAACUGCUCGCACGGCGGCGGCUCAUCCGGUGCAUCUACUGGCGGCGGCGGCACCGGGCCGGACGCCACACGCGAAAGCAGCGCAGUGUGGGAGAGCGAGGCCACUGGGGCUGAGGAUAAGGAGGCCGGCGAGGACCACGGCAGUACGAGCUGCGAGGAGCCGGGGCUUGCCUCGCAGACGGAGUGGUGUGGGUUCGGUGGCUUUGGAAAGCAGUCGCCCAGUCUACUGCGUCAAAACACAUUGACACCAGUGUUCGGCUUCGGCCCGCUGCCGACCGGCGACGAGUCUCCGGCGCCGGGCGGAUUCGGACAGCCCGAUCUGCAGUCAGAGGCGAGGCUGCAGCCCGCGAGCACCGGCAUCUCGCCGCACUUGAUGGAAGGAGGUGCCGAGUGGCAGCACCAGCACCAGCAGCUACUGCCAAGCAGUGAGCAACGAGGCAGCCUUGCGCCCAGCAAUGCUGUGGGCGCAAGUGCUGCAGGCGAGGCGGUCCGGCAGCGGCGUCGCUGGGGCAGCCCGCUUCAAGGCUCUGCCGUCAGCGGGUCCUGGCAGCACAUUCACGCAGCUUCUGUAGCUGCUGGUGUAGUGGGCGGUGCCACCUCGUCACUUCACAGGAGCAGCCCCAACGGUGCCGGCGCCAAUGCAGGCAUGUUCAGUCCCACGGUGGCGACGGCACGGGCUAGCCAGGGUGGAUCGCCGUCUCGUCAUGUGUUCAGCACAGCAGCGCCUGCCGCCAUGCUCGCCAUGGCUGGCGCUGACGGCGAGGUCUUGCUUGAGCCGGAUGCGCCGGCGGGUGCUCACCCUGCUGCCGGCGGCUUCGCUGCAACGUACCAGCCUUACGGGGAGGAACCUGCAAACGAGCCGUCGCUGGUGUCAGCUGCUGCUGAGUACGAGGGGCUGCUGCAGGAGCAGGGGUUCAUGCCCGAGUAUGACGGACAGCAACAUGAGCUGCAGGACGGCCAUGCCUUGCUGGCAGCCGCGACUGAGCCUGAGCCUGAGCACCACAGCGCGGGGUGGGCGGCGGAUGGCGACGUUUCGAACGGAGGGGGCUCCAGUGCGUACAGCAGCAGUGGUGGUGUGAGCGGUGACGGGCGGCCCAUUGACCCACGACUGCAGCACAGACACGCCUGGCAGGACACUGGUGUGAGCACAACUAGUGCGGCCCGCGGCCCGCGCUCGCUGCGGCUCGUGCCUCCUACGCCGCACACGGGCGUGGCCGUAGGCCAGCCCUAUGCCCUGGCAGCCGUCCCUGGGGAGCUGCUGCCCAACCACAACGAUGAAGUGCUGUGCGGCUCGCCUACCUCGGACAUGGCCGCUACAGCAGGUGCCGCCCAGGUUUCUGAGCCGGGGGCCCGCGGUAGCGGCAGCAAUAACAGCAGCAGUGGCCCUGUUCCCAGCUAUACCGCGAAUCGAGGCGGCGUGGCAUUCAUCGUCGGAGCCGAGGGUGCAGGCGGCCGGUCGCCCUUGCGCUCCGCAACACCCAGGGCAAGCCCGAUGCGCGCUGCACGCGCAGCUCCGCAUGCAACGUCGCAGCCUACGCAGCCCUCUGUCAACACCGCAGACGCCCCCGCUGGCCCUCUGGACUGGGACCUCCUCAACCGCCAGCUGCGGGAGGCUGGCUUCGGCGGACUGGCCAUGGUCUCCGCUGCUGCCACAGCGGCCGCCAUCGCAAACGCUGCCGCAGAGGCCGCCAGCGCGCCCGGCGGCGGUGUGCUCAUGGCCCCUGAGCCGGGCUCGCUGCACCGCUGCCUGGGCAGUGUUCUGGAACAGUACGUGCGGCGCAACAAGCUGGUGACGGAGCUGCUGGCUGCGACGGAGCAGUCGGGCCGUGUGGCGGCGCAGCAGGAGGCGGCGCUGCGUGACUUGCAGCGGGAGCUCAAUGUCGCCAAGGCCGCGGCGGACAGGGCGCGGCGGGAGCUGGCGGAGCUGGCCUCGCAGCAGCUGCCCAAGACCGAGGCGCGCUACUCCGCUCAGAUGGCCAAGCUGCGCUCAGAGGCCGCCAAGAUGAAGGAGAGCCUGCGGGAUGCAGAGGUGGAGGCAGCAGCCAAGGGCGAAGAGAUUCGCUCGCUACGCGCCACCAUCACCGGUCUGCAGGCCGCCGCCGGCCACACUGCCGACGUCGAGGCGGCGGGGCUGCGGCAGCGGCUGGCUCAGCUGGAGGCGGUGGUACGCGCCCGCGACAAGGAGCUGGACAAGCUCAGGAGCAUCAAGGAGGUGACGGUGGUCCAGGCAGAGGACGGCCAAGCCAAUGCACUGGACCGGGCCUACGAGGCAGAGACGACCGCCCGGCGGCUGGAGGCGGAGCUGGUGGCAGCACGUACCCGUGUGGGCCAGCUGGAGCAGGCCAACGCCAAGCGCGACCGUGAUGUGGCCACCAUGCGUGACGACCUGGCAGCCAUCAAAACCUGUGAGGCAGCGGCCAGCCGCGCAGCGGCCGAGCGCGCUGCUGCGGCGGAGGAGGCGGCGCGGCGGUCGGAGGCGGAGGCCGCGGGUCUGCGAGGCAAGGUGAAGGAGCUGGAGGCGCAGCUGCGGGCGGCGCGGCAGGAGCUGGACAAGCGGCGCGCAGACUCCGAGGCGCUGCGCUCUGCGGCGUACCAGGAGGUGUACCGGCUGGAGGACGAGGUGCGGGUGAUGGGCGCGGACCUGGCGGCGGCGCGCAACCGGGCGGCGCAGCUGGAGCACGUGGUGCGUUCCAAGGAGCGCGACGUGGCACGGACCAAGGACGAGAAGGAGGCGGCCAAGGCGGCGGAGCGGGAGCGCGCACGGGUGGCUGAGGACGUGUCCAUCAAGCUGGAGGCGGAGCUGCAGGCGGUCAAGGUGCGGCUGGCGCAGGCGGAGGGCGGCCUGCGCACCAGCGAGCGCGAGGCGGCGCGGCUGGCGGAGCUGCUGCGGCAGACGCAGGGCGCCGAGGUGGAGGCCUGGCUCAAGCAGGCCAAGUCUGAGGAGGGCUCCAAGAAGCUGGAGUCGGACUUCAUGUCUCUGCGGCUGCGGGUGCUGCAGCUGGAGGCGGCGCUCAAGGGCCGCGACAAGGAGGUGGAUAAGCUUGGCCGCGGUGUGGAGGCGAUAAAGGCGGAGGCCCACGAGCUGGCGUCCAAGCUGGCUAAAUCUGAGGAGGCGGCGCGCAAGGCCGAGGGCGAGCUGUCCGCCGCGCGCGGCAAGGUGCUCACGCUGGAGGGCCACGUCAGGGUCAAGGAGCGCGAACAGGAGCGGCUGGUGCGGCUGGUGGAGGGGCUGAAGGCUGGCGAGGCGGAGGUGGCCAGCCGCCAGGGCGCCCUGGAGGAGGCGGCGCGGCGGCUGGAGGCGGCGCUGAUGGCGGCCCGCGGCCGCGUGUCGGGCCUGGAGGGGGUGGUGCGGGCGCGCGACGCGGCGGUGGAGCGACUCAACCGGCAGCUGGAGGCUGCGAAGACCUCCGACUUCGAGCGCACGGCGCAGGUGUCCAAGAUGGAGGAGGUAGCUCGACAGCAAGAGGCUGAGUCGGCGGCGGUGCGGCAGCGGGUGGUGCAGCUGGAGGGGCUGCUGCGGACCAAGGAGCGCGAUCUGGAGCGCAGCAACAGGCAAGCGGAGGCUGCGCGCGCCGCCGAGGGUGACAUGGAGAGGCGGCUGGCGGACGCGGGUGUCGCGGCGGCCAAGCUGGAAGUGGAGGUGGCGGCGGGCCGCACGCGCGCCGCGCAGCUGGGCGAGGAGCUGCGGGCGCGGGAGCGGGAGCUGGCGGCUCUGACCCGCAGCCUGGAGGCGCAGCGCUCGGCGGAGCACAGCGCCAACGUGGCCGUGGGCAAGACCGAGGAGGCGGCCAAGCGGCUGGACAGCGAGGCGAGCGAGCUGCGCCAGCGGCUCGUGCAGGCAGAAGGCCUGCUACGUGUGCGGGAGCGUGAGGCGGAGCGGGUCGCUCGAGUACUUGAGGCAGCGCAAGCGGCGGCAGCGGACGCAGCUUUCAAGCAGAGCGAGGCCGAGGCGGCGAGCCGACGCCUGGAGGCGGAGGCCGCCGGGCUGCGGCAGCGCCUGGCGCAGACGGAGGGCGCGGUGCGGUCGCGCGAGCGCGAUGUGGACCGCGCAGAAAAGCUGGUGGAGCAGGCCAAAUGCGCUGAGGCGGAGGCGGACACGCGCCGCCGCGCCGCCGAGGCGUCUGUGUCGGCUGUGGACGGCGAGAUGUCCUCCCUGCGCAGCCGCAUUGGGCAGCUGGAGGCGGCGGCGCGGGGCCACACCAAGGAGGUGGAGCGGCUGAUGCGCGUGGUGGAUCAGAGCAAGACCGCCGAGAUCGCAGCCACGGCGCGUGCGCAGCGCUCUGAGACGGCGGCCAAGCAAGUGGCUGCGGAGCUGGUAUCUGCGCGCGGGCGGCUCAGCAAGCUGGAGGCUAGCCUAGCCGCGCGUGGCGCCGAGUCCGUGCGGCUGCAAAAGCUGUUGGUGGCCGCGGAGGCUGCGGCAUCGGCGCAGGAGGCUCGCGCCGAGGAGUUCAUGCGCCGAGUGGAGUCGGACAUGGCAGCCAUGAGGCAGCGGGCUCUUCAGCUGGCUGGGCUGCUCAAGGGCCGGGACCGGCAGUUGACCACCCUGCGUGGCGGCAGCGAGGCGGCGCAGGCGGAGCAGGAGAAGGUCCACGACCGGCUGCGCCAGUGCGAGGAUGUCAUCCGCAAGCUGGAGGCGGAGCUGGUGUCGGAGCGGCAGCAGGUGGCACAGACGGCAGGGCAGCUGCGCGGGCGCGACAAGCAGAUCACGACGCUGCGCAACGGUCUGGAAGCGCUGCAGGGCGACCAGGAGAAGGCCACAGCACAGCUGCGCAAAUGUGAGGAGGCUCUUCGCAAGCUGGACUCUGACCUGUCGGCUGAGCGUCAGCGCGCCGCGCAGCUGGAUGGGCAGGUCAAGGCCCGUGACAAGGAGCUGGAGCGUCUGACGCGGCAGCUGGAUGCGGGACGCGACCACAGCAGCAGCGCCGCAGUGGUGGCGGGCAAGGAGGCGGCGGGGCUCAAGGAGGCAGCGGCCAAGGCGGAGGCAGCGCUGGCCACCGCGCGCGCGCGCAUCACGGAGCUGGAGUCGGAGAUGGUGUCAAAGGAGCGCCAGCUGGACGGGCUGCAGCGGCUGGCAGGCUACAGCCGCGCUGGGGAUGCCGAGGCAGCGGCGCUGGCGGCUGAGCGGGCGGGCCGGGCAGAGGAGGCGGCCAAGCGGCUGGAUGUGGAGCUGGCGGGUGUGCGGCAGAAGUACUCACAGCUGGAGCACAUGUACCGCUCCCGCGAGGCCGUCAUCGACAAGCUCAAGGCCUCACUCGCCGACAAGGUUGCCCGCGAGGAGCGGCGUCUUGCCCGCGACAAGGCCGCCUACACCCGCAUCCGCGCAGCCUACCUCCAGACCAUGGCACACAGCAGCACUGCGGGCGGCGCCGGCGGUACGCCCAGUGGCAAGGCGGCGGGCGCCAUGGCGGCGGCGGCACGAGAGCUGCGGCCGGUGGAAAUCGUGGGGCUGUAUGAGAGCCGCCGGGAGGCACUGGAGGAGGAGCUGUCCGUGUGCCGCGCAGAGGUUCGCAGCCUGGCCGAGCAGCUGCGUGACGCCCAGAACCUGAUCACCAUGAAGGAGCGCUCGGGCGCCUGGCGCACACCGCAGGAGCUGACAGACAUGCAGGCCCGUGUCAUCAUGUUGGAGCGGCGCUGCGCCGACCUGCAGCGUGAGGUGGAGCGCGGCCGGGCGGAGGCGGCGGAGGCCGGCCGCGCGGCGGAGCGGCGGCUGGCGGAGGCGGAGCGGCGUGCGGCGGCGCUCAAGGAAGACAACGAGGCGCUGGUGCACGAGCUGGACGGCCGACCCACGCUGCAGGAGAACAGGGCGUUGAAGCGCGAGCUAGAAAUCCUGGAAAAGCGGGUGCUGCAGAUGAAGGGCAGCGCGGCGGCAAGCGGUGCAGGCGCGGUGGCGGAGGGUGGCGAGACGGCGCUGGGGCUGGCGGUCGCAAGCAAGGGCCGCGCCGGCGGGCCGCUGAUGACCACGGCCCAGCGCAUGGCCCGUGACAAGUCCCUGCACCGACUGGGUCUGCGGGGCCUGGAGGACUGGCCCAAGGACGUGCUGGUGGACUUGGUGCAGGACGUUUGCAUAGAGCUCGACCUGUCGGACGCCACCACGUUGCCGGCCGCCGUGCGCAAGACGCUGCGUGUGGUGGACGCCGCGCCACGCAUGGAGGGCUUCAUCGCGGCGGUGUGCGAGGCGGUGUACAAGCGCGGUGCCGCCUUCGUGCCGCCCCACAUCGACGGCACCACCGACCCGAACCGGGUCCUGGAGGUGCUGGCGGUGUGGCUGGGGCUGCUGCAGGAGGGAUCGCAGCUGCGCGGCGUGAUGCGCUCCGUCAGCGAGGCGCUGGCGUCGCGGGCAGAGGGCAUGGCCACCCCCAUCCACGGCCCUGGCGACGUGCUGCUGAGCAUCCGCCAGCUGGUGGAGGCGGAGGCGGUGGCGCUCACCGCGCGCGAGUCGCUGGCGGCCGCCUCGCAUCACAUGGCCCAGCAGCCCGAGGCGCUGCUGUCGCGCCUGGUACACCACUUCAUGCGCCUGUUCGACUGCCCCAGCCUGGAGGGCGUGGUGCCCUGCGUCAACCGCCUGUACGUCAGCCUGAACGAGCUGCGCAACUUUGCGCGCUCGCUGGCGGCGACGCUCGGCCUGCCGGCAGAUGCAGGCGCAUCCGCCUGCAUGGGGCGAGUCCGCGAGCUGCUGGAUGCGGCAGCCGGGCGCGGGGAGGGCGGCGCAGGGCAGCAGCAGCGCAGCAGCGCUGACGGCGGCGGCGAUCGGCUGCUGCCAGACUACAUCAAGGGCAACCAUGCGUCCGCCGCCAGCCCGGCGGCAAGCGCCGGGCAGCCGCCUGCGGGCGCUGCUGCAGCGGCCGUGGGCGUAGAGGUGUCUGCGGCGCUGGAGCGACUCAUGGCUGUCUUCACGGUGCGGACUGCGGGGGCAGCUGCAGACGCGGCGGAGCGCGCGGUGGGGCGACUGCGGCGCCUGGAUGAGGUGCUGCCGCGCUACCAGCGCCUCACCUCGCAACUAUUUGAGGCGCUGCGCUGCACAAGCCUGGAGGAGGUCAUGCCGGCGGUGCGGAGCUUGCUGGCGGCGGCACAGCAGGCGCUGUACUGACUUGGGUCAUGAAAGGUGGUCGGCCGCUGGCCCUGCCCAAUAACCGCAACUAGACCGCUACCUGUGCGGCUAGUCCCCCCUCACACCUCACACCCUCUAAACAUCUACACCGGCCUCACACACCCGUGCUAGAUACCUACACCUCCCUGCCGGUUUCCGCCCACGUGUUGGCUUGUUAGCACAGCUACCUACAUAUGCCGUAGCAAGUGUGAUCGGCUGGUAGCUGUGCUCAGGGGCUAAGUUGAGGUUGCAGUGGAAGAUACCGUAUCCCUACCCAACAAUGCCCUGUAAGUAAUGGUCCUCGCGCUGGUACCGUAGAUGCCUACGGCCGCGCCUACGGUUCGUGGCGACGACGGCCACACGCAUGUAUGUAGCACAUGCACCUUGGCGACCGUCGGUUUGAGACGCAGUAAGAGCCGAACCAAU